AGGCUCCGCGGCCUUCGAGGGACCGGGAUGAGCCUCACUCGCCUGGCGUUGCGGCGCCGACUGACGCGGCCUCUGCGCCUGCUGGCCGCGGAGGUGCAGUCCUCGGCGGCGCCUGCGAGGGGACAGGCGCACCUCCGCCUCCUCUGCGCCCCCGACGUCGCCCCCUCCUUCCCGACUGCCCCUCGCCUCCUCUGCACGGCGGCCGCGGGGACGCUGGGCGGGAAAGACCACUCACUUGCUUCGCACUGGCCUUCAGCAGCCGAGGUUGUGGAGGCCUCCCCGGGGGCGACGUUCCUGCGGGUCCAGUUCGGCGAUGGGAGCAGCCAUGACUUCCCUUCCUGCUGGCUCAGGGACAACUGCCAGUGCGAGCUCUGCUACGACCACAAGUCCUUCACGAGGAGGCUUGUGCUCGACGACUGGGACCAGGACGACUAUCCGGUCCGUGUGGAGGUGCUGGCUCCUGAAGUGCGGCUGAAGUGGCGCAGCGGCCACGAGAGCCUCUUCCACGGCCGCUGGCUCCGGGACCACGCCUUCGCGGAGUCUUCCCGCGGGAGACAGAGGGCCUUCGCCGCCCUCGCCAAGGACCUGUGGGGACCAGGCUUCACCGUGGAUGCCUUUGAGUUUGCGGAGCUGAUGGAGGAUGAAGCAACUCUCCUGAAGUGGCUGGUCAGCUUGGAGAAGAAGGGCAUCACCCUGAUCAAGAACACGCCUCAGGAGCCCAAAGCUUGCUUCAGCAUCGUCAAUAAAGUUGGCUUCGUUAAGCCCACGCAUUACGGGAUGCAUUACCCCAUCAGGAACAAGGUCGGAGCAAACAGCCUGGCCUACACAGACUCCAGACUGGGCAUGCACAAUGACCUCCCUUACUACCAUCAUGUGCCAGGGAUCAUCUUCCUGCACUGCCUGAUCCAGUUCGAGGGCGCGGGAGGCGAAAACGACCUGGCCGACGGCUUCUACGUGGCGGAGCACCUGAAGCGGCACCACCCGCGCGAGUACCGCCUCCUCACCGAAACCCCCGUCUACUUCUGGAACAAAGGCUCGGCUCUCGUGGCUCAGGAAACCACACAGUUCCACAAGCUGCUCAACAUCCCGCUCAUUGUCGAAGAUCAGGCGGGCCGAGUGGUGCGCGUCAACAACUCCCAGCUGAGGGACUCGCACCUGGACUUACCCCCCGAGACGGUCAGCGACUGGUACCGCGCCCUCCGCCUCUACAACGAGGUCAUGGAACGACUCUCUAUCAGGCUGAAGCUCAACGACGGUGAGACGCUGGUCAUGGACAACACCCGACUGCUGCACGGGCGCACGGCCUACGAGGGGGGGAAGGGGGAGCGCUACAUGGAUCAGACCUACCUCGACUGGGACGAGGCACUCUCUACGCGAAGGGUCCUGCAGGAGAGACUCCGGGCCCACGCGGAGUAACGCCUUGGACAGCGGAGGGAACAGCAGUGAGCAGUGGAGGACGCUCUUUGCGAGAAGUGUAUGCUGAUUCAGUGAUGUUAUAGCUAAUACGAGAGGUGCAGUAAAAGCGACAAAUAAAUGUUUAUUAGGCAU